CACAAAACAGCACUCCGACUCAUAGCUUUCGCGACUUGGUCGGGCAAUGGCUGCCAGCUGUAGUGCCGCAGCCCAGGUGAGCCAAACGAAAUCCCUACAUCAUGACGUGAACCAUUUGUGCUGUCUGUGUGUGGUUUGUCAUUCGGUUGGUGCAGAUGAGCGCUGUGAUAUGGGCGCAGCUGCUGCCCCGGGUAGAAGGCUAUCGGAUGAAGCAGGCUCAGGUAUCAGCUGACCAACACACAUACCAACUCAUCCAUUCCAUGCAGUACAUCCAAAGCUCAUCGGCUGCUUGCUUGUGUGUGUGUGUGUGUGUGCGUGGUGCAGGUCAACAGCUGCAUUGAUCAACUCCUGCAGAUGGACACCGCUGCUUCGAUGGCACCACUGGUGCGGCAGGCUGCCAAGCAGCACACUGACAAGCGCAGCACAAAGGCCUCUGUGUCAUGUUGCUCUCGUCUUGGUGAGUUAUUUGUCAGGUGGUGGAUAAGUUGAGUCGUCAAUUUACUGCUGCGUCGGAGCUGCUGGCCGAGCUGGCAGAGACCAUAGACUCGACCAUCGCACUGACAAGACAUAGCCGCACGCAGGUGGGUGAGUGAGUGACCACAGGCAGGCACAAACACAAGACCCACACUGAUGUAGUGCGCUUGGCUUAUGCGUGUUGUGUGCAUGUCCUUCUGUGUGCAAUCAGGCCCGACGGUUGCACCUGACUGAUAUCCCUGCCAACGCCAUCAGCGUCGUGAUGGAACUGUCUGACCUCACCACGGUCGCCCACCUCAAGUCGACAGCCCGACCCAUCAGAAAUGCCCUCCGGCAGAUCGCCCGCCGCUGUCGGCUGCCGAAGGCCAUCGAGCGGACAGGGGUGGGCGGUGUGGUGCAGUUCGACGAUCAGCUGAGCCACGGCGAUGUGAUGAAGGCCAUGUGGGUGAUGGAGGAGGGGGGCGAGGGCGGCUGGGGGGAGGUGGGCGACACACUCAGAGUCUCUGAACACUGCGGCUAUUACCAGCUGCCGGUCACUGUGGGUGCCGGAGACCUGCAGACACACGCCACCAAGGCGGUAAGCACGACACACAGAAGAGGCAAUGGGUGAGCUGCUGGAUGUGUGUGUGGUCUUCAUUUAGGGCUUCUUGGCACUGCCCCGUUUCUGUGCGCAGUGGAUGCUCGUCGGCCGCCGUGUGGCCUUCCGUCGCCGCACUGGCCAGCCGGACGGCACUCUCCAGCUGUUCCGCCACAACGAUCAGAUCCGCGCCAUUCGCAAUCAGCCCAACUUCACCAUCACACUCAACCCGCCCCUCCCCCUCCCCAACCGCCCCGUCCAUCCCUUCUCGCAGCACCCCUUCACCCACCACGUCAAGCCACACGACCCGCCAGUCCGCCACCGCAUUGGAUGGCACGACAGUGUGGGCUGGGGGACGGGUUGUGUGAACGGCGGGGGCGUUUACGCAUCGGCGAGUUCGACGCUGAAGAGCCUGGUCCUGGCUCACAGGAUUGAGGCUCUGGGCGGCUUCACCGACUCGCCGACAGUGGUGGUGGACCGGUGAGUGGAUGGAAGGCACACAAUGAGAGGGCGAAUGGCUAUGUGGUGCGUUGUCGAUGUGUGUGUCAGUCGUGUGCAUGGUGGCCACCUCGACCGCAUCAUGACCCGAUCACCACAUACGCCGCUCAAUGGAUGCUCGGACGUGUUGGCAUGGGACGCGGACAGUGGGGCUUGUGGGCAGCUGCAUGUGUUGAUGACGUCUGCCGACGCAUUCAUGGCAUGGAUUUCCUUCAUCAUCCCCCCAGGCAACAGCCACGACGGUAUGCACACACAUUGACAACACGUCGGAUCAUCCGCUCCUCUGUUGUCUGCGUGCAGUCCUCGUCAUCAUUCAUACCAGCGAGGCGCCAGCAGUAGGUGUCCCUCAGGAUGCGCCCUUCGCCCAUUGUUUCCCCCUGACGGCCGCCAUGGCGCGCCGCGUCCUCGGGCCGAUCGCUGCCAUCGUGCUCGACGGCCAGGCGCCAUGAUCAUGAAGGUGAGAGCCACAUAAUGGCAUGGUGAUGCGCGUGUGUCUUAAUCCUUUUCUGUAUGUUGAUGGAUGUUGCGCAGGCACAUCGGCAGGCUGCACGUGUUGAAUAGAGGGCGUUGCAGGUGGCGUGCUGGCAGUGUCGUGUGCGUCUUUGGCUG